AUGGCCUUACAUGGGAUUAUUCUGCAACUCUUCUUAGUGGGAUUGGUUGUAUUAGCAGCUGCAGAAGCUCAAGCCUUGCCUGGCUGCCCAAACCAAUGUGGAAAUUUGUCAAUUCCAUUUCCAUUUGGCAUAGCUAAAGGCUGUUACCUCAGAGAUGAAUUUUUCAUUGAUUGUAAUGAAACCAACCAAACCCCAACACCAUAUUUGAAUGGAACUGGGAUCCCAAUUUCCAACUUAUCCCUUAAUGGUGAGUUACAAAUAAUGCAAUUUGUAGCCAGGGAUUGCUAUGACCAAGAUGGUUCUUUAGACACAAAACUCAGCAACACCCCAAGGCUCAAGCUUUUCCCUCCUUACACAAUCUCCGGCACCAAAAACAAGUUCAUUGCCGUUGGUUGUGACACUUACGCAAUCUUCGAAGGUGGUCGGGGCAAAGAAAAGUACAUAACUGGGUGCAUGACCUUCUGUGAGAGCCUUGGAAGCAUUAGUGAGUCUUGCUCUGGCAUUGGGUGCUGCCAAACUUCAAUCCCAAGUGGACUUCAAGUGCGUACCGUGACAAUGAGUAGUUACUACAAUCAUACAUUUAUAUGGGACUUCAACCCCUGCAGCUACUCCUUCAUUGUGGAAGAAGGCCAGUUCACAUUCUCUAGUAAAAGUUUCCAAGAACUGAAAUCUAUAAGCCGGCUUCCGAUGGUUCUCAACUGGGCAAUUGGGGAUGAACCAUGUGAUGCAGCUCAACAUAGGCAGGAUUAUGCAUGCAAGGGAAAUAGCACAUGUGUCAACCCCCUCAAUCUGUCUGGUUAUUUUUGUGAAUGUUUGCCAGGUUAUGAAGGAAAUCCAUACCUCCCAGACGGUUGUCAAGAUACCGACGAGUGCCAGAUUUCAAACCCCUGCAGUGCAGGAGCGUGUGUAAACGUACUUGGAAAUUAUUCUUGUGUAUGUCCAAAAGGUUUCAAAGGCGACGGAAUGAAAGCUGGAACAGGUUGCAGCAAAGACAACACCAGCAAUCUUUUUAAGGGCAUUCACUUGCUUACUAUUUCAUUGGCUAUGACAGUAGCCUUGUUGGUUUUGCUGGUUGGAAGUUCAUGGACUUAUUGGGGAACGAAGAAAAGGAGGUUCAUCAAACUCAAAGAAAAAUACUUUCAAGAAAAUGGUGGCUUCUUGUUGCAGCAACAACUCGCUAGUCGCAGAGGACCUGUGCAGACAACGAAAAUUUUUACUGCAGAAGAACUCGAGAAGGCUACAAACAAUUACCAUGAAAGCAGAGUCCUUGGUGAAGGAGGAUAUGGAACAGUGUACAAAGGAAUACUAGAAGAUGACAAAGUGGUUGCCAUAAAAAAGUCCAAGAUUUGUGCCCCCGCUCAGAAUGAGCAAUUUGUUAACGAGGUGAUUGUUCUUUCUCAAAUCAACCAUAGGAAUGUGGUGAGGCUGUUAGGUUGUUGUUUAGAGACGCCGAUGCCAUUGUUGGUUUACGAGUUCAUCAUCAACGGGACUUUGUCGGAGCAUAUUCACAACAAAUGCAGAGAAUCUUUACUUUCAUGGGAGCUGCGGUUGAAGAUAGCCGCAGAGACUGCAGGAGCACUGGCAUACUUACACUCCUCCAUUUCCAUCCCGAUCAUACACCGAGAUGUGAAGACGACGAAUGUACUCUUAGAUGAAAAUUACAUAGCAAAAGUGUCUGACUUCGGAGCUUCACGGUUGAUUCCUCUAGAUCAAGCUCAAAUAACUACAUUAGUGCAAGGAACACUCGGGUACUUGGACCCUGAAUACUUCCAUUCAAACCAACUAACGGAAAAGAGUGACGUGUAUAGCUUUGGAGUUGUCCUUGCAGAGCUACUAACAAGCAAAGUGGCACUUUCUUUUGCCAGGCCUGAGGCAGAGAGAAAUCUAGCGAGCUUCUUUGUUUGUUCAGUGGAACAGGGUCGCUUGAAUCAAAUUCUUGAUGAAGACAUAGUCAAUGAGGGAAAUAUUGAGACACUUAAAAAAGUGGCUGAUCUUGCAAAUAGAUGUUUAAGGGUAAAAAGGGAGGAAAGGCCUACCAUGAAACACAUAGCCAUGGAGCUGGAGGGGAUGAUGAUUAUGGCAAAGCAUCCAUGGGGAAAGGCCAAUUUCGGCCCAGAGGACACUGAAUACUUACUUGGGUCAGCUUCAAUGGCUUCUGUUAGAGGUGACAAUUGUUCUAGUACUGGUACAACUACUGAUGCAACUACUGUGUACGACAGCAUGCGAAUCGAAAUCAAAAUGUUAAUGCGACACAACGGGCGAUAG